GUUUUUUCAAUCUUUCAGGACCAGCCCUGGACCAGCUCCUCCUCCAGAGCUGGGGCUCGGAGCCUGCAGGAGGCGCUGCUGAGGACAGGGGGCUGGAGGGACUCCCCCCACCUCCUGAUGGGGGGCGGGAGUCAGACGAACGAGGGAGAAGAGGAAGGGAAGAACAGAGGAAUUCUCGGAAGAAUCCUGGACAUCCUGCAGCCUCAACUGACCAAAGACUUGUGGCAUCGCUAUGAAGCAGUGAAGCUCGUGUUCGCGUGGACGCUCCUGCAGGUGACUCGUCCCUCUCUCUCCCCUCACCUGUCUCGCCUCCUUCCCCCUUCCCUCCUCCUCACAGACCACUUCAGACAAGAGAACUGCAUUCUGGGAGUACGCUGUCUGCAUCACAUUGUACUCAACACGCCUGCUGCUGAUCUGCGUCAGUUCAACAGAGCAGAAGUUCUCUACCAGGCGUUAUUCAAACAUCUGUACUCUACAGACACUGCUGUAAUCAAG